AUGAACCAGGUCGACCAGAUCAAUUACGCAGCUAGGGUUGGGAACGAGGCAGCGGUGCGGCAGCUGCUGGCGGCAGGCGCUCGGGCAGACCAACCCGACGGGUACGGCUGGCUGCCGCUGCACUCCGCCAGCCGCUACGGCCAUGAAGGGGUGGUGCGGCUGCUGCUGGAGGCUGCCCCUGACGCAGCCAUGGCAGCGGACACUGGGGGCUUCACGCCGCUGCACCACGCUGCUGGCGCCAGCAGCUCCGGCGCUGGGAAUUAUGAAAUAGUGCAUCUGCUGCUGGAGGCGGCACCCACCGCAGCGUUGAUGCUCAACAUGAUCAAGGAGGCCCCCAUCCAUAUAGCCGCCCUCCGAAACAACACGGCACCCGUGCAGCUGCUGCUGGAGGCGGCACCAGAGGUGGCUUAUGCUCAAGAUGCUGCUGGCCGCACGCCAUUGCAAUGGGGGCUGAGCUACUGCUUCGAACGCCCCUCAGAGCAAGUCAUGGAGACAGCUCGUUGCCUGCUGCGGGCGGCGCCAGCGAUGCAGCCAGCCUUGGGCAUCCUGCUGCAGCACGGCCGGCGCUCUGCCACCCUCUUCGCCAACCUGGUGGCCCACCUACCGCUGAGCCAGGAGCAGUGGCGCUCGAUUCCUGCGCCCUGCCCCGACCUGGCUCGAGCGCUGCCAGCCGUCCUGCAGCGCUCGGCGGCCGAGGCUGGGUGGCUGGUGGGGCGGCUGUAUCAGUACCAGCGCAAGCGUCUGCGGGCAGCGGCGCUCAGCCUGGCGCGGGCACAGCAGCAGAACAGCGCCGUGCUGCCGGCAGAGCUGAGCGGGCGCAUCCUGGCGCUGUCUGCUGGACGCCUGGCCCCCCUGCAGUAG